AAAAAACCUGGCACGGUAAUUUAUAAAUAACAUUAUUCAUUACAUUAACCUUUUUUUUAACACCACCAAUCCUUUACAUUUUAUUUAUUUAUAUCACGUCUUUUUUACACUUAAGAUGUUGUUUUAUUUUAUUACGCUUCUUACUUUUGUCACCCAAGCAGUAGCCUUUAACUCCACGGGACCUUUUGCACUUCACAUUACAAGCAAGUCAAACUCAUCAAUUGAUGGAUAUGCUGCAGCUUGCCAUGCUGGCGCGGCCAUAGAAGGCCUUUGCUACUCAGGUGGUGGUGGCGGGAGCGUGACUGAAUUCUACUUCAAUUACACUUCCUAUAACCCAGACACGGGAGUCCCCUCGCAACCCGGCUGGAUCACGUACUUGUUGAAGGCGGGUAGUAAUAAUGGUACUAUUACUGUGCCCUCCUCAUUACGUCUCGAACCGAGCUUUGGAAGCAACGUUUACACAGCUCUUAUCUAUCCUGGCGUUGAGGAUGGCACCUCUGUUUACUUCUACCCGAAUAACGGCACAUUGUACAUGAACGGGGGCUACGACGAUUCGAGCUUCAACGCCACGUAUCCUACCCCGCCUCCAUCCCUAGGAAUUCUCACUAACUUCCACUUAUGCUACCAAUUCACCGGGGGUUACUACUACCAUUCAAUAGCCUGGGUAUCUACACAGCCGCCACAUAAUCCGUCAUGUCAGCCUGUCAACCUGAGCAUAGAAGACCUUUCAUAGGAAGUCAGAGAGAGGAAGAAAGGAUCGAAAUUUGAGAGGCGGGGGCUGCGGGGAAAGCUGUGUUGUUUACUUUCUUUAUUCGAAGCUCUAUGUAAGAGUUUACGUAGUAAUAUGACGUCUCAUGCCCAAGGGUCAAUAAGAUCUGGAUCCGGUCUCUUGGUUAAGCAUCGCUUAGAGCCUUAAGCCACAUUUGUGGCUGGAAUAUUUCAC